GAGAAAAGUUCUUUAAUUGGGACAUGGAUGAUAAAGGAUUGAGCCAAAUUGGGAAUGAUGAGCAACAAAUGAUGAUAAAUACAGAGCAUAGGCCCUUUAGUUGUGGUGUUAUUGUGGCUGAUAAAGGACAGGUGGUGACCAAUACAGAGAAUAAACACUUCAAUUGUGACAUGGAAGAUGAAAGAUUUAGUCAUUUAGGGGAUGAAGAAAGACAACUAAAGACAAAUACAGAAGAUAAAGCCUUUAGUUAUGAUAUUACUCUGGCUGAUACUGGACAAAGUGUGUUAGAAAAUGAACAGAGGCUGGCAAUGACAAGUACAGAAGAUUGUGACAUGGAGGAAAAAGGAUUAAGUCAGAUAGGGCAUGAACAAAAUCAACCAAUGACAAAUACAGAAAAUAAUCCCUUUAAUUGUGACAUGGAGGAUAAAGGAUUUAGUCAUUUAGGGGAUGCAAGGCAAAUGAUGACAAAUACAGACAAUAAACCACUUAAUUGUGACAUGGAUGUUAAAGGAUUUAGUCAAGUAGGUGAUGAACAAAGAAAACCAAUGAAAAAUACAGAAGAAAAACCUUUAAAUAAUGAUACGGGUGUUAAAGGAAAUAGACCGUUAGGUGGUGCACCAAAAAAAAUAACAACAAGUACAGGGAAAAAGGUCAUUAAGUGUGAAGUUUGUGGUAAAACUUUCACUCGUUUAAGUGAUGAACGAAGACAUAUGAUGACCCACACAGGUGAAAAACCCUUUAAAUGUGAUAUCUGUGGUAAAGGGUUUAGUCGCUCGGGUGACCAACAAAGACAUAUGAUGAUACACACAGGAGAGAAGCCCUUUCAGUGUGAUAUUUGUGGUAAGGAAUUCAGCCAUUUAGGUCAUAAACAAAGGCAUCGUUUGAUUCAUACAGGUGAAAAACCAUUUCAGUGUGAUAUCUGUGGUGAAUCUUUUAGGCAAUCGGUUCAUCAAAAAAGACAUAUGAUGAUACAUACGGGAGAGAAACCAUUUAAGUGUGAUGUGUGUGGCAAAGGAUUCAGUCGAGCAAGUGAUCAACAGAGACAUAUCAGGACACAUACAGGCGAAAAGCCAUAUAAAUGUGAAAUUUGUGGGAGAGGGUUCGGUGCAGCAUAUUCACUACAGGAACAUAUUGGGACACACACAGGUGAGAAACUCUACAAAUGUGAUGUCUGUAGUAAGACGUUUCGUCAUUUAAGCACCCUACAUACUCACCUGAAGAUACACACAGGAGAAAAACCCUUCAAAUGUCAACAGUGUGGUAGAGAGUUCAGUCAGUCGGGCAAUCUACAGAGACAUAAGGUGAUACACACAGAAGAAAAUCCAUUUAAAUGUGAUGUCUGUGGUGAGGCGUUUAGAUUGGAAAGCUUUCUGAAGGAUCAUUUCACAAAAAAUCACACUGGAGAGAAGUCCUAUGGGUGUGAGGUCUGUGGUAAGGUGUUUCGUCAUUCAAGCACCCUGCAUAUUCAUCGUAGGAUACAUACUGGAGAAAAACCGUACAACUGCGGUGUGUGUGGUAAGGAGUUCAUCAGACUAGAUUCAUUAAAGGCUCAUCUUAAGAGGCAUACUGGAGAAAAGCCCUGCAAAUGUAGAAUGUGUGGUGAACAGUUUACUAAUUCAGGUGACCUGCGAUUGCAUCUGACGAAACAUACGGAAGAAAAGCCAUUUAAAUGUGAUGUUUGUGGUUGUAAGUUCGCCGAGCCUGAAUUCCUACAGAAACAUCUGAGAGAACAUACUGGAGAAGAAACAUCAUAUAGAUGUGAUGUUAGUGGAAAUGAUCAGACUAUUGCACACACACAACUAGAUCCGAAUACACAUACAGAAGAGAAGCCAUUUAAGUGUGAUGUCUGUGAAAGUCAGUUCUCUGAUUGUGACUCCCUACAGAAACAUCUUCAACAACAUACUGGAGCAAUAAAAGAAACAUAUACGUGUACUUGUAUUGUUUGUGGAAAGGAUAUUAGUCCGGCUGAUGUAGAGACCCACCUACAAACACACAGAGGAGAGAAUGAAAAUGAAGAAAUGUGAUGGUGCGAGGGUCUAAUAAAAAAGGGAGCCUGUAGUAUGAUUGUGAGGAACAAGAAAGAUGGUGUAAAGUCCCAUGAUGAUUGCGACCUACACAGACACAUAUUAAUUAAAGGAUAUAUAAUACAGGAGAGGACAUCGUAAUUUAGUAGUCAACAUACUUCACAGGGUAGAGGCCAUUCUGAUAUCUGUGGUAGGGGGUUUUGCCUCUGCAAACGCACCUACAUUGGACAAAAAAAAAUUUAUGCCAUUGUUAAUGGCAAGAGAUUUAAUGUAGUCUCUCAUCGUCAUUGUUUACAUAAUAUCAACUAGACAUGUUCACAUUCGCGGAACAGUUGUAGAAAUUAGACAUUCAUACAGAAAAGAAAUGUCCCCCAAUUUCAUGUGUUUGUAUAUAAUAUACUUGAUAAACAUUUUAGAGCACAUAGCCCUAUCUGUGAUAUCGAAUGGUUUUACACUUAGCCCUAUGAUUCCUUUAAAUAGUAUUAAGUCUACAAAAAGACAUUGGGAGUGCCUGAGUAAUACACAGAUCAAUAGCCUUAUAUACCUAGGACUUUGAUAGUCACAUCACUAUAAACAGGAACACUGACUAUACACAUACUGAAACCAUGUCUGUGAGGUCUUGAAUUUGUAACAUCCCUUACAUUUACACACCACAGGUUGCAUUAAGUGUAAAUGAUGUCCAGUUGGACGGGAUGAAUUUGAUAAUGGCUGGCUCAAGUCCUUUUACCUUACAUUUUAUAUAAUUUAUAUUUUAAAAGUCAACACAAAGAUUUUUCCCUUUUUUGUAUUUCUCCUGAUUCAUUUAAUUUAGAAACAGUCGUUGAAACUUUUAGGAUUAGUCUUUUUUAUUUGAAAGCUAGUUUAACAGUUAAUGAAAAAGUAAUGCUGCAGAUGUUUUUAUUAAAAAUCAAGAGAAGGGGAAAAAAUUAUAUAUUGUCGAAACAGGUCUUUCUAGAUUUUGCUACAUGUAUCUUAAACACAUUUUACAAAUGAUUUUUUUAUAAAGAAUUCAAAUUUCACAUUCAAUUGUUUAGAGUCAGUAUUUCUUUAAUGUUGU